AUGGAGACCACCCUGGAGCCCCUGGACCCGGCGCUGGUGAACCCCGUGGUGAAGCCGGACUCUCUGGACCCGUGUCUGGACUCCAGGGGGCGCUACAAGGUCGUCCCGUCCGUGGUCUGCUCCAUGUGCUGCCUCUUCGGGAUCAUCUACUGCUUCUUUGGUUACCGUUGUUUUAAGGCGGUGAUGUUCCUGACCGGCCUGAUGUUCGGCUCCGUGGUCAUCUUCAUGCUGUGUUAUAAGGAGCGGGUGUUGGACACUCAGCUGAGCGUGGAGGCGGCCGUGGGCAUCGGUCUGGGCAUCGGGACCCUCUGCGGCCUGGUGACGAUGCUGGUGCGCUCCGUCGGGCUCUUCAUGGUCGGGCUGCUCCUCGGGCUCCUCGUCGCCGUGGCAACGCUGGUGGGCAUGGAGGAGCUGUCCAACGCGCCGCCCAGAUCCGUGUGGAUUCCGUUGGGCGUGCUGUUGGGUCUGGGGAUGCUCUUCGCCGUGCUGACGCUCCAGUGGCAGCGUCUCUUCACCACGUUGUCGACGGCGGCGUUCGGGGCGGCGGUCAUCACCGUGGCGACGGAUUACUUCGUGGAGCUGUUCUCGUUGGUGCUUUACGUGUUCGAGCGUCUGAAGGCGUCGCCGGGGCAACCCGUGUGCUGGGUCACGUGGGCGGUGCUGGGGGUGUGGCCUGCGCUCACCGUGCUCGGCGUCCUCGUGCAGUGGAAGGUCACGGCCGAAGGAUACUCGCAUACUAAAGUGAUCAUCAGUCGGCAGCAGAGGAGGAUGCAGGUGAUGCGGAUCCGGCAGAGGGACGACCGUUACCGACACAAGAAGAAGAAGAAGGCGGCGGGCGGGGGGACGGGUCAGUCCAAGAUGGCCGCCACCGCCGAGCCCGUGUACAGGAGGAAACCCAACCCCAUCCGUCGCUAUGACACCGACGUGCUGUCACCCAGUUACAUCCAGAGUUUCCGGGAGCGGCAGGUGCAGGCUCAGCCCUUCCCCAGUCGCCUGGUGGUGGAUCUGGGAUACGACUGCAGCUCCAACACGCCCCUGACCGGAGCGUCUGGACCGCAGCUCCGAGUCUGA